GUCUCACAAACGGUGCGCCAGUAACCCAAGAACUCAUAAAAACAUGGUUUGGAGGUGGCAAAACGGUCGACAACUAUUGUCGCGAAAAUUAUGCUGCUGUUCUUGAGGAUAUUCGUGAAAAUGGAAGUUAUAUUGAAGAGAUGAAACAGAGUCCUGAGUACGCUCUGACGCUCACAAUCCUACUAGACCAAUUCUCACGAAACAUUUAUCGAAAAACUGCGAUCCCAUUCCGUGACUUUGAUCCGUUAGCGUUACAAGUUACGUAUCAUGCGAUUGAUAAAAAGUUCGAUGAGAGGUUGAAUGCGCCGUUAGAGCAUUCGGAAAGUAAAAAUGAUCAAGAAUUAUCGAUAACGAAAUUCAAAUGGAAUUAUGAGACUGCACCUCCCCUCCACACUCAAGUAACGAAAGUCUUCUACGAAUAUGCGCAGAGUCAUAAAUCUAUUAUUGACAAAUUUGGACGAUAUCCACAUCGUAAUAAAAUUCUCGGCCGUGAAUCGAGUAUUGAGGAAAUUGAAUAUCUGAAGACGGCGGAUUCUUAA